AAUUCAAAAAGGAAAGCGUCUACAUGAAUUCGUUGAAAAGUCAGGGACCCACAGUAGCAUAUAUAAGGUGACCAUGAAUCCUGGCACACAUCAAACUCCAGUCACGGGCAAGCAGAGACAUGGUUCACUCCCAAUUCUGAGAUCAUCUCUGCCUCUCUCAAAACCACCAAACCCUAAAUCUUCCCCGCCGGUUGUGUCAAAAAAGCGUUCUCGCGUUGGCCAGUCGCAAAGCUUAGGAGACAUUACCUUGUUGAACCAGCAGCACUCGCUGGAGCUUCGUUGGGACCCUGCAACGCCGGUUAAUAUUCCUGAUCAGUCUCGCUCGAAUAUCCUGAGAGUCUCGGCUCCGCCGCUGAUGUAUGAAAUGGAGAGUAGAAAUCGCGAUUGCUUUCUCAAAAGAUGCUACCACUGCAAGAAAAGGUUGGACCAGAGCAAAAACAUCUACAUGUACGGUGACUCUGCAUUUUGCACCCAUGAGUGCCGCGAAGCACAAAUUGCAAUUGACAAGGCAACAGCGAAAACAGAUACGAGGACUGUAGGCAGGGAAACGAAUAGGUGAUAGAUCAAUGGACAGGCAUCAAAACACUAGCUUCUAUUAGCUAGUUAGUGGUUUGGUGCACUCUGGUUGUGCAUAGCUGUCGGGAUUUUGAGAUUGGCUUGCACUAUGGAAUUGAAUAGCAGACAUAUCAUUAGAUAGUAUAGCACUAGUUUGUUAUAACUAUUAAUUGCAAAGGCACUAUUAUUUCGAAGACUCGAUUCUUUUUAGAAUUUUACCCUUUCUCCAAUUUCAUGGAAAAGCUGGGAAAGUAUGAAUGCCUUGAAAAUUUUCCACUUGUACUUAUAGGAUGGAAUAAACUGAGAAGGUGAAUUUUGCAGCCUCGAAUUGGUAUCAACUCUUGUGUUCUGAUUCCGGCUAUACUAUUAGUGUAUGGAUAGUUAAGGUAGCAUACGACUUCUGCCAGAUGAUGGAGUUUAGUACUAUGUGAUCUCUUUAUGGCUUGUAUAAUUUAAUAAUUCCUUUUCCAUACAAAAAUUAUUAAAAUCAUGUCGAACAUUUCAAUUAUCAUUCUUGCGUAUGUUAUGUAUUUGGGUUUGCUCCAUUUUUCUCCGAUUUGGUUAGCCUAAAAGAAUUUGGCUCCGCAUACUAUUCAUGAAUGAGAAUCC